UUGCAGGACGAUCCACUGUUCCGAAAAUCGGAAGAAUUCGCCACCACAGAAACAAAGGUUCAUCGAGUACCCAUCAAACUGGUGCAGGCCAACUCUACUCAAGACUUGACGGCAGCGGCAAACCGACUGCGAAGAGAUUUCGGCGCUCUAAGCGAACAAGAAGAAACGGUAGAAGCAGAAGAUCAGCUCAUGGACAGUCCGACUAGCCCUGAUGCGAAACAUGCCCGAACCAUGUCGUUCCCACUGACGAUCAACGUCGACACGCAAAGCGUUACGUCGGAUUUGCCCAGUUCGCUGUCAUCCUCCGUGAAUAGUUUCGUCUACCAAGGAGUCAAUCAAGAAGCCCUACAGAAGCAGCUCGAAGACCUCACG